AUGCCUCCUGCGAAGAAGCGCAAGAUCGCCAACGAGUCGAAAGUGCAAGACGGCGCACCUGUGGAUGAAACGGCGCCCCCCAAGUCACAACAUCCGCAGUACAUCGACAGAGAAUCAGAAGCUGAGCCGUCUGAAGAUUCUCAGCCGGAUCUUAGAUCGGUAGACAAAAAUCAGGAGAGGAAAGAGCGCUUCAAGGCUCUCCAAGCACGUGCACAAAAGUCCGCUCAGAAGAACCUCAAAGAAGCAGCCGCAGAGUCACAACGACUAGCGACAGACCCUAACCUUUUGUCCUCACUCUCUCGAAAGCAGGCAUUCGCAUCACACAACCUACUAAAAGCCGACACUGCAGCGGCCGGAGAAGACUUUGAGCGAAAGCGAGCAUGGGACUGGACUGUUGACGAGUCGGAGAAAUGGGAUAAGCGGAUGGAGAAGAAGGGGAAGCAUCGCGAGGAUGUAGCGUUUCAAGAUUAUACACAGGAUGCACGGAAGAUCUACAAGCGCCAGCUGCGAGAGUUGAAGCCUGAUAUGGAGGGCUACGAGAAGGAGAAGGCAGCUGCGGUGCAGAAGGCCGCUCUGAGUGGAGGCUUGGAGAUCAUCGAGACUGAGGAUGGAGAGCUCGUUGCUGUCGAUAAGAGUGGGACUUUCUACUCCACAGCCGACAGCACAGACUUCAUUGAGAACAAGCCUGAAAAAGCUGCCGUGGAUAGGUUGGUCAAUGAUCUACGGAAGGCCGAGGAGGUUCGGUUGCGGAAGAGAAGAGACAGAGGCAGAGGUGAAGAUGACGGUGACGUUACAUUUAUCAAUGACAAGAACAAGCAAUUCAACCAAAAGCUGGCCCGCUUUUACAACAAGUACACUGCGGAGAUCCGCGACAGCUUCGAACGGGGGACAAUGAUAUGA